UCCCACAAUGCAUCGCACUGUCCGUGACGACAUUGGAGAAGAGUUUCCCUGACUGAGCUCUUUGUCGGGUAGCUAGCCCAGCGAGUUAUGGCGUCAUGGGCGAAUAAUGUACGGGCCGUGUUGCUUGACGUUAGCGGAGUCCUGUAUGACAGCGGUGGGUCCGGCGGCGGGAGUGCGAUUCAAGGCUCUGUAGAUGCAGUAAACAGGAUAAGACAGGCUGGGCUAAAGCUACGUUUCUGCACCAAUGAAUCCCAAGCCACACGGAGUCAUUUUGCCCAGAAACUACAGCGAUUUGGCUUCAGUAUAUCUAAAGAAGAGGUGACUGCUCCAGGCCCUGCAGCCACACGUCUGAUGAAAGAGCAAGGACUACGGCCCCACCUCUUGGUGCACGAUGAUCUCCUGCCUGAAUUUGAAUCCAUUGAGACAUCAGACCCCAACUGCGUCCUGAUUGGAGAUGCUGCUGAAAACUUUUCCUACCAGAAUGUGAACCGUGCCUUCCAGGUUUUAAUUAACUUGCAGAAGCCAGUCCUUAUAUCACUGGGAAAGGGACGCUAUUAUAAGGAAACAGAUGGCCUGAAGUUGGAUGUUGGGGCGUAUAUGAAAGCUCUAGAGUAUGCCUGUGACAUCAAAGCCGAAGUUGUGGGGAAACCAUCACCAAACUUUUUCCUGUCUGCUUUGGAGGAAAUGGGAGCAAAGCCAGAAGAGGCUGUCAUGAUUGGGGAUGAUAUAGUGAAUGACAUUGGUGGAGCACAGAGCUGUGGCAUAAGGGCUGUACUCGUCAGGACAGGAAAAUACAGACCCAGUGAUGAAAAGCAUCCCGAGGUUACUGCUGAUGGUUAUGUGGAUAAUUUAGCGCAUGCCGUGGAUAUUCUUCUUGCAUCUCGUGCCUCUAAUCAAUGAUGGAAAAACACUGAUAGAAUCAUGUGUCAAAUAGUAUUGGAGACUAAUACUUAUCACCAGAAAUAAUGGGCACCAUCCUGUACCACCAAUAAAAUAAUAAAAGGGAUAGGUUUCAGUAAGAAAUACUGCUAGAUUAUACUGAGGCACCUAACCCUUCCUGUGUCUGCAUUCACCUAGCAGUGUAAGCUAGAAUGCUACGGGGGCACAUCAGACUCAUGCUGGAAGAAGGACUCAAGUAACCUAGUUUCACAUCCUAUUAAUCAGCCCCUGCCAGUACCUGACAAGGAUUAUGGGUAUUACAGUAAAUACAAGCAGUUUCCUAUUAAUGUACAAUUUUAAAUAAAAAAAUCUGUUAAUGUCA